UCAGUUACCAAAAAUUUUCAGGAGAAGAAAACGAAUCCUUCGUCUUUGCUUAAACCUCAGCUCUCUCUCUCUCUCUCUCCCCCAGUGCUUCCCCAGUGCUUCCCCUACCGCCUCUGAUUCCGACGUCUGCUCUGCCUCGGCUUCCGAUGUCUUCUCUGCCUCCGCUUCCGACAGAAGGCUGCUGACAACUGCCCCUCCCAUCUCCUGCUGCUGCUGUUCCCACCGCACAGGAGUCGCUGUCAACCCAGACCAUUGAAGGACGCUGCUGCCCACGACACGCACGAGCAACAACCCGCUUCUCCAUCUCCCCGCCAUUCCGUCACGUGAUCUCUUCCACUCAUCUUUCUCUCUCUCUCUGUCUCAUUCGGCUAGGGUUAGAUCGGGAAUCAAUAUUUUAGGGAUCGAACAUCAUGUUGCAUAUUCAAUUUUACCUGCUGAAAAUUUUGGCUGUUGAAUGUGCUGUUAGGAUUAGAUUUCUAAUUCUCUGCUUCCUAGAAUUCUGACCUUGGAAAAGAGCCCGGCUUGCUGCUGCUGAUGAUGGUACGAGGUUGCAUAAGCAUUGAUGCAUAUCUUUUUUAGCUGUUCUAACUUUACUGAAAUUACGUUAUCCAUCAGUCUUGAUCUACGAUGUUGAAAGCUGCUGAAUUUCAUUACUUUGGAUGGUUGGUGGGUUGGGUGAUUUGCAAUUCAACAUACUUUGGGUUGGAAUUUUACAUACUUGGGUUUUACCUCUCUUAGUAUCAGUUCACAAUGAAGUUUCGACAUAUGAUUUGGUUACUUCAUGUCUCUUACCUGCAUUGUGGAAAGAACUCAGCUCAUCAUUGGGUUUUAAUGAUUUCACGACAACAGAAAAUUAUUUCCUCCCAUUUUCCAUUGAUCUUUGUUUGCUCUGCACCUCCCCUUAGAGCAUCAGCAUCUCUUUAUUCGAGUAAUUCUAAUAUCUAUGUCUUCCUUUGAAAGUUUACUACACAGCUUUAUUCCAAUUCCAUGUAAUGCUCGAUUUUUUUUUUAAUUUACCUUGAUUAGAUAAUUUUGUGCAAAAAAGUGGCUGUUUCCGGCCACCUUGAUUGAUUUGUCCACUUUUCAUAUCUGAACUUUUAUGAAGCUUGAAUUUUCUGUCCUGUUUGCUGCAAACCUUCUAACCCCAUAUGCCACUGUGUAUGUGUAAGAAUGAAAUGUAGCUGAUAUAUAAAGCUGGAUUCUGCUGUGAAAGUUUCUUGCUUCAGUUUAUGGUCCUGCUUUUGAAUCGGGUCUCUGCCCUUUGGAUUCAUUUUUAAUCUACUAUGAUCCAGAAGUUUCAUUGUAGAAGAUUGCAAGCUUCGACGGUAGAGCAUCGUUGGAGAUUCAACGUUAGAGCAUUUGUAACCUGUCUCCAGAUUCUGCAGGUCUUUCUUUAACUUUCAACCUCUCGAGAAAGGGCUCAGUUAUCUGCAAGUGCUGCUGUAACAGUAUCUCUUACAGUUCAUGCUACCAGGUUGAGAGAGGAAGAUUGUUCAGAUAUCCUGACCGCACGAUAGCAAUUGAGCUUCUGUACUGUUUCGCACCUGCUAUUACCGUUCAGGAACCUUAAUCAGAUUUCAGGUGGGCGCCCUUGAUAAGGCUCCUCCUGCAAGGUAAAGGGGCAUCACCGUAUAACAAAAAUCAUCAUUGCUGAAACACUCUUGAAUAAUGUCUCAAAUCCUUGUGGGUGAGGUGCUAAAAGUCAAUAUGAAUAGGCCCAUGAAACCCUACGAGGCGGGUGGUUCUUCUUCUGAUGAUGAUGAUGAUGAUUCAACUCGACUCGAUGACAUGUGUUUCAGGGUUUACUCAAAGGGAUUGGUGAGUGAGGAGUGGGUUAAGGAGAGGAAGGUUGCCGUGGCGGGGAUUGGGUAGCGAUUUGUGAUUCUAAUGACAAAGUGAUGUCGGAGAUUAAGAAGCCCUUCCGUAAUGGUGGUUUCCUCAGUGAACUUGAAGUUGAUAUUCAGGCUUUGGUUGAAGGACUUGAUGCUGCUCUGAGCUCCAACUUGAAGAGGGUAACCUUUUUUAUUAGUCAAAGGACCCACAACUAUGUGCUUGACCUGAAGCCACAUGGAGAUGAGAAGAUUCAAGCACUAAUCAAUCAGGCUGAUCUUCUUCGGAAGAUGUUCAACUGUUGCGAACUACAUUUGUUUCUGGGACUCAAUGAUAACCGUUGUUUCAAGCUUGCAAGAAGGGCCAUCAUCUCUCAGCUCUCAUGGUCCGAAAAAACUCCCACUGGAAAGAAGCGGAAGGAGACUUGCAUUAAAUGUUUUGAGGGUACCGUUGUCUUGCAGAUGUACUCUGUUGACGGAUGUCUGCAUAGGUUUUGCUUUUCCUGCAUGAGAAAGCAUAUUCAGGAAAAGCUACUUACUGGGAUGGUGGUUAAAUGUCCUCAUGAUGGUUGUACUGUUCAGCUGAUAGCCAACAGUUGCAAGAAGUUCCUCCUGCUAAAUUUAGUUUCGCUGAUGAGCCAACCUAUGGAAGAAGCUGCUAUUCCUAUUGAGGAGAGAAUUUACUGCCCAUAUCCUCGAUGUUCCACCUUAAUGUCGAAAAGGGAUGUUUUGAAGUGUACGAAAGAAUCCUUUGCUAGAGCCCAGGGAUGCAGGAAAUGUAUUGGAUGCCAGUUGUACUUCUGUAUUGAUUGUGAAGUGCCUUGGCAUCAUAAUAUGAGCUGUAGUGAUUAUAGAAGGUCCAAUCCUAAUACCGUCAAGUCUCUAGCGAGAGAGAAAAUGUGGCAGCAAUGCAAAAAGUGCAAAAUUAUGGUCGAACUUGUUGAUGGGUGUUACCACAUUUCUUGCUGGUGUGGGUAUGAGUUCUGCUAUAAAUGUAGAGCUGUGUGGAAGAAGAGGAAACCAACCUGCAACUGUGGGGACAAGAGAAAAAACACAAGGCAGUAAUAUGAGGAGUGACGUAGCAACACCCUGAUCGGAUCAUACCGAAGAUAUCUCCCUCCUUCUCGGCUUCAACGACAUGUGCCUCAUAGAUCCAUGGGACCUUCUUGUCAUGUUGGUAUGGAAAAGGAGCGGGAGGUUGAAUGACGAACGGAGCUAUGAUUGUCUCUUUAGGGACAUAAUCAACAACAAGGGAAGUGAUCAUAAAGACCAUCUUCAUCUUUGAGGAAAAUCACGUUGAUUGAUCGUGACGAGCUUGCCUCAUGAGGGGUUCUGGUUGACAUUCGGUGGGGGAACAACAUUGAGGAUGAACAACUUAUGAUCGAUAAGGUCCUGGAGGAGGCUCCUCAGACGGUAGUAGUUCUCGGUUGAAUGCCCGACCACGCCAAGAUGAAACUCACACCUCACAUUUGAGUUUGUAAUGUGGGUUCCAUCCUGGUUCCUCAUGACUUCAGGUCCGAUGAGCCCUUUGGCCAACACCUUUUGGUGCGGCUCGGCCGCCAGCAUCGGGAGAGGAGUGUACUGCUUCUGCUCCCUCCUUUGGUUGUUGGAUUGACUGGCCUGACCUUUGGACUGGGUCGGUGCCUGAUAGGACACUUGGUUCACCGAGGGAGAUACUUGGAGGGCAUCAACGCAUAAGGAGUCGGACCUGGUGCACGAUAGGGCAUCGGUGCAUAGGGCAUUAUGAUACUUGAGGAGGUGCUUGGUUGGGCAUUGGCGCAAAUUGGAGAUAUUGUCCUGUAUAGAUUGGCAUUCACCGUCAUGCUCUUAGGGGUUGUCUUCUUCAAUUUCGAUGCUCCUUUCUUUGAGGUCUUGAUUGGGGCAUUCGGUGCCUGUUCCUUGAUCUUUCCAGUUCGAAGCCCACGCUCAACAAAGUUCUCAGCAUCAGAAAUCUCCGUAAAGGUAGAUCCCGCAUGGUCUAACAGGGGUGAGUAAUGCGGCCCCUUAAGCGGGCUGAUGAAAAUCUUUACUGCAUCUUUCUCGAGGAUGGGUGGAUGGAUACCCGACGCUUUCUCUCUUCAGUCUUUGAUAUAGUCUAGGAAAGACUGGCCAUCCUUCAUCCCCGUGUUGUGCAGCUUCAUGAUGGUCGGGACUGUGUCGAAAUUGUAUUGGUAUUGCAUGAUAAACAUGUUUGCAAACUCCUUCCAAUUGUUGA